AAUAAGUAAAAUUAAAAGAGGAGUCAUAAGAGCAACGAAUUUCGAGGCACCAUCGAUGCACAAUGCAAAGGAGGAAGAGUCAACAAAAGUAAAAAGUCAACGAAACCAUCUUCCUUAUCUCCGCAACCCCAAACAUAUACAGAGUGCGUUGUGAAAUUAGGGUUUCAGUGGAUUACAAAUUCAAUGUGACAGUGUGAAAGAAACGAUCACAAUCACAAUUCACAGAGAUGGAGAACAUAGGAAUACUACCAUCAACACCAGGGAAGUUGAAGCCAGAGAAGUAUCAACACCAACCCUACUACAUUCAUCGCCUUCGAUUAUCAAAACUAACACUAUGGUCCUCGAUAUUCCUUGCCUUCAUUCUCUUCUUCUUCAUCCUCUCCCCUCCCACCGCUCCACCCACCGCCGCCGUCCCUCGCCGCGAUUCCUGGGGCGGACCCGACUGGGAAAAGCGCGUCAGCAAAUCCGCGCGUAAGAACUCCGCCUCCGGCUUCACCGUCCUCGUCACCGGUGCCGCGGGCUUCGUAGGCUGCCACGUGUCCCUUUCGCUGAAGCGGCGCGGCGACGGCGUUCUCGGCCUCGACAACUUCAACCGCUACUACGACGUGAACCUCAAACGCGCUCGGCAGAAGCUUCUGGCGCGUGCGGGGGUGUUCGUGGUGGAGGGAGACAUCAACGAUUCCUCACUCCUCCACAAGCUCUUCGAUGUGGUACCCUUCACUCACGUGAUGCACCUCGCCGCACAAGCCGGUGUUCGCUACGCCAUGCAGAACCCCGGUUCGUAUGUGCACAGCAACAUCGCGGGGUUCGUGAACCUUCUUCAGGUUUGCAAAUCGGCGAAACCGCAACCCGCGAUUGUGUACGCGUCGUCGAGCUCCGUUUACGGGUUGAACUCGAAAGUGCCAUUUUCUGAAAAGGACAGAACGGAUCAACCUGCGAGUCUUUAUGCUGCGACUAAGAAAGCUGGUGAAGAAAUCGCUCACGCCUAUAAUCAUAUAUAUGGUCUUUCGAUGACGGGUUUGCGUUUUUUCACUGUUUAUGGUCCGUGGGGUCGCCCUGAUAUGGCGUAUUUCUUCUUCACGAAGGAUAUUCUGAAGGGGAAGCAAAUAACGAUCUUUGAAGGGCCUGAUGGUGGAAGCGUGGCGAGGGAUUUUACGUACAUUGAUGAUGUUGUGAAGGGGUGUUUGGGGGCUUUGGAUACGGCUAGGAAGAGUACUGGGUCUGGAAAUGGAGGGAAGAAGAAGGGUGCUGCGCAGUAUAGAAUUUAUAAUCUGGGUAAUACUUCGCCGGUGCCUGUGACUGAGCUUGUCAACAUAUUGGAGAAGCUUCUGAAGGUGAAGGCUAAAAGGAAAGUGAUGGCCAUGCCUAGGAAUGGAGAUGUUAAGUUUACUCAUGCCAAUAUUAGCAGAGCGCACAGGGAGCUCGCAUACAUGCCUACUACUGAUUUGGAAGCAGGGCUCAGGAAGUUUGUUCGAUGGUACCUUGAUUUCUACUCUGUCUCUAAGAACAAGAGUGCUUCGUAAUUCAUAUCUCUGCUGCAUAACAAUUUCUAAUAAUCCCUCUCUUUAGCCUAUACAAUUGUAUUAGGGAAGAAGGACUAGAACCAUCAUAGUCUCUCUCUCUCUCUCUCUCUAAUUGAAACUUCUCUUUGACUUUGAAUCUUUAAUCCUGGAAUGUAUGCUUUUUACGUUAGCCAUUGUACAGUUUUUUUUUUUUAUUAAGAGAUCAUAUUGGUGUUUGUGUUGUGCACCUUGUCCUUUCUUUCCGAGUUUGAAACCAUUUGCAUUUCGACGCGGCGCUUUACAAGCGUAGUGUCAUACGUUGACGAAUGCUCAAUUACCUGUUUGCCAGCAUAAGGUGCAGUUAUCGUAAGAGUAUAAGAUGCCUUCUUUCCUCAUAGAGAUCACAGCUGUCCUUGUGAAUCUUCAUUGAUGUGGAAUUAUGGAUAUAUUUUGGUACGCGUGUACGUGUUAGUUGAGAGUACUUGCCUGCAUGUGCUAGUUGCCCCGGACUCUCUGCACUGAAGCCAGUGGUGACGUUUGUGCAACUUGUUCGGGAUGCAGUUUGGAAUUAGUAGAUCCCUCUUUGCAUCGUGCAUCCGUUCUGUUGGUUUUGGUCGCAGCAACUUCUGGACUAAUGAGUAAUACAGAAUAGGAUAAUAUGAAAUGGGAUUUGAUGGGGAACCAGAAUACUAAAUAUGUUGUCUCAGUUCAUGUAUGACACUCAUCUAGGCUUUUCAAAACCCUGAUACAGUGAAAUUUAUC